AUGAGAACAGAAUGUGAAUCGGAAUUAAAUGCAUAUUUGUUGCCAAUUUUAAACGAACUCAUUAAUGAAAAAAGAAACGAAUCGAAUACAAUUGAUACAAUAAUAAAAAAUCAAAAAGGCGUUGGCGGUCACUCAAAAUUGUGUAAAAAGUGUAAUACAACAAACAUCGAUAAUAGAAAAUGUACUUGUCCUAACUGCAAUGAAAAGUUGGAUACAUUAGCUGUAUUACGAGCAGAAUCAACUAAUGAGUCUGCUCAAAUUAGUAAUACGACCUCCCAAUUAAAACCUAUCAUAAUAAAAUCUAAUACCUUUACUCACGAACAAAAAACUUUACCCUUUGAACUGUUCUCAAAUCCUGUGAUACAAUUAGACAUUAUCACAGAGCUUCAAAAUAUCAAAGAUACUAAAGAUUGGGACUGGCACAA